AGCCAAAGUGGAACAGACUGAGAAGGAGAGAGACACAUUCAACAACCAAAGGACUCGGUAGAAAGAGCAGAGAACCAUAAACAAUAUGCUGCUUUUGGGACCCAAAGUGCUGCUGUUUCUCACUGUACUCAUCAUUCCCUCUGACUGGACACCCCUAGGGGUCAACAGCCAAAGAGGAGAUGAUGUGACUCCAGUGACUCCAGAGACAUUCACAGAAGAUCCUAAUCUGGUGAAUGAUCCUGCUACAGAUGAAACAGUUCUGGCCGAUAUCAAGCCUCCCACAGAUGACCUGGCCUCACCCGAUAAAAAUACCACCACAGAGUGCCGGGAUGAGAAAUUUGCCUGCACAAGACUCUACUCUGUGCAUCGGCCAGUGAAGCAGUGCAUCCAUCAAUUAUGCUUUACCAGUUUACGGCGUAUGUACAUCAUCAACAAUGAGGUCUGCUCCCGUCUUGUCUGUAAAGAGCAUGAAGUUAUGAAAGAUGAACUUUGCCGUCAGAUGGCUGGUCUACCCCCAAGGCGACUCCGUCGCUCCAGCUAUUUCCGCCUUCCCCCCUGUGAUGAUAUGAACUUGCAGAGACCCAGUGGUCUGUGAUGUCAAGGAAGAGGAAAGAAAGAAUGUGUGGGUGGGAGGGAGAGGGAACUGCUCUAAGAGGGAACUUCUUGUCCAACCAUUGUCAGCCAACCCAUAGACAUGAGUAUUUCUUAAACCAGUCCCAUUGCAAUGUCUAGCUUUUGCCCCUACUUCUUGAUUUUUCACCCAUUUAUCUCAUUUUUCAGUACUUAAAAUAGUCUAUAGCAUUGCAUGGUUUUGCUGUUUCCCCAUAUCAUAGACCUAGUAGAUAUACCAUGUGGCUUAGAUACAAACAUUCUACAUACAAUUUCAAGGGAAAAUAAACUUCAAUAAAAUUAUUAAAAAUA